AUGGCUAUUGACCCCGGAGACUCUCGACUACCACUGUAUCGUGAUGGAACUGUUAAACCCGUGUGGCGAAAGCUAUCUCCUUGUAAAAGUGUGGGACUUUACCUCCUUCACAGGGACUACUGGUCAGGCUACCAACUCCAACACGAGAGGCAGCAUACACAGAAGUUACCACAGCCUUCUGAAUGCAGCGAUAAGCCCGGAUCUGCCUGGAAUCCCGAAUUUCGCCCAGAGAAUAACGGAAUUGUUGAAGGUAUUGCUCAUGUGAAUCCCUGGAUGCUUAAGUACAAAUCUAGAGUUUAUGCCGAAGUGGAAGCGCGGUACUCUAUCCAUCGGACCGAGUUGGAUGCGUUUGAUUUUGAAAAUGACAAUGUUAUCUUCUCCACAAGAGUAACAUUGAAUCCUCCUCUCUGCGAUGAAGAUACAACGAACUGUUUUGCCACUCCACCAAAAGAUUUACAUCAAUACAGUGCAGAUCUUCGUCAGCUGUAUGAAAAAUUGGGCGGUCCUUGUGCCUCAAAGCCUUUGAAAUUUGAAAAUCUCACGUCUUCAGGUGUUUUACCUGGGAAGGCAUAUGGCAACCGCAUGGAACACACUUUCGUUCCACCUACAGAAGCUACAAAGUGUACGGAGCAUCCAGACUUGCCUUAUGUCACUUACAACUUUCCUUUCCGUUUUGAUAUCAACAGUGGUCCCGACUCGAUCAUGCUCAAGUCCAACAAACCAUCUCCUAUUGGUAAACACUCCGUACCAAAGAACAGAAGGGAACUCCACCUUGACGCUAUUUAUGGCUUCCAUGAAGGUGAUGAUGAAAGCGACCUCGAAGAGCCUAGUCCCGAAACUGCUGUCAUUCUUCCACGAAUCAGGCACCCACGCCAACCCAUUGAAACUUAUCGAGGAAUCAAGAAAAUUGACUUAAAGAUGCAAUCCUUCAAAGACUGUUUUCAUGUCGAUUCAUAUCCCUGGCGCCAACGACACAAAAGACGUCCAAAGGGUGGGAUUUACUGGUCAGUUCGAGUGUACGCGAUAAAUCCGAACGCACUAAGUCCGGAGGCGAAAGAUUUAGCUGAACUGAAGAUUCGAAAGUUGACUUUUCUUCCAUUGAGUGCUAGUCUACAUCACCAACCACCACCGCAAGUCUUAAACAACUACUGCUUAGCCGUGGUACCGGGAGAAUGUUCCGAUGCUGGAGUGAUUACACUAGCUGCGAAGUUGGAUAAGAUUUUUUACGCUCCGGGUGAUCCAAUCCAUGUAAACAUGAAGAUAUACAACAUUUCUAGCAGAGUGAUACAGCAGAUAACUGUAGAAGUUAUCCAAUACAUUCGAAUAGCAACGAUUAACAAUAGAGUUUGGAGAAGUUCAAUUUGUAAGCGGGAAAUAACGGCAGAAAAUAGCAAAGCGGGGAUGCCGGUUCUACCAGAGACAGAAAAUUUGCGAUUGCGGUGUCGACUUAAUCCCUGGCCAGUGGAGGCCCAGUAUGCCCACCUUUUUCGCGAUAAGCUUCACAAACUUCGUCCACGUGUCCCAAUUGAAGCGGAAGCAUUCACGCUGAAUAUGCCGACCGAGCCAAAUCUAUUCUACGGUGUACAACAACCAGCACGGUAUGAGGAAGUUGUACAAUACUCCGUCGGUAGACACAAACCGGCAUUUUCUACACUGCAAGGGAUUGUGGAAAAGAUAUUGACAAGCAAUUCACCCAUUUCGAUUAGAACUCCUGAGCCAUCAGUAGACGAGAAGACGUUUGAGAAAGACCCCUACAACCAUCAUAGUUGCGUCAGGCACAAAAUGGAGAAUAUAGCAAAUCAAUGUUCACGAACACCAACGGACCAGCCCCAUCAAUAUCCCAUCUUCAAAGACUACGAAAUUUACGGAGAGGGGCUGGACUAUUCGAAUGCCGUACAACGGAUGAUGGCACCACAAUGCACCCCAUGUGACAGGACCAGUGUAUUGAGAGGUCAGCCGGUAUACGUAAACUAUGAGGUCGUUGUGAGCGCAGUUCUGCGUCCACAGAAUCUGCCUGACCCUCUGGCUCAGGAUGCUCUUCUAGAUGAAUGUCAAUUAGGUAGUGGGCUAUUAAACCCCCCCAAGGGAGAGAUCGUUGGAACUAGGGGACCUAGAGUUGCCCUGCCUGCGAUAUUUUCGGUAACAACGCCCCAACCGGAGAUGCCAGUCCCAGUUGCUAAUUAUAAUGUGGAUCCGAGGCAGGACAGAUUGCCAAAAAUCCAACCCAAAGUGCAACUUUGGGAACCAAGUGAUGGAAGGGGAUUCUUUUUAGUGAGAGAACAACGCAAAGUGGCGCCGUGUACUACGUCGGACCAAAAUACGUCUCUCUGA